UUAUUCUGCCAAGAAAGGGCAAUUCCAUGGCAAGUUUGUUUCAGUUAUGUUCCGUAAAGCUAUUUUCUUUUGUGAAUCUUAAGGAGAAAAUAAUAUAACCGUUUGUUUGAGAGGGUCCAUCACCCCACAGCAUUUCACCCACCGGCCAAACGGUGUCAGCCCAACUGCAUUGGUCCGUCGGGAUUUUUGCUAACUAUCACAACGAUACCAUCGUUCUGUUUCUCUAUGUAGCUAACCGGCAACAUCAGCGAUACUUCAAUGCCUCAAGUGGCUAGCGCGCGGAACACCAUUAACGUUAGUUGACAGUUGCACUUUAUGACAAGCUGUCUGCUCUCCUGAGGUAGACCACUGAUGGAGCAGCGGCCAAUAGGCUCUGGGGACAGUCUUCGUCAUGUUUCCAUGUGUUUCCUCCUGGCCCUCUGCUGAGCCCCCGUCGCCCUGUGGCCAUGCCCCCAAGCCCACACACACUCACACACAGCCCCUGCUGUGCAGCGGCCCUGCCCCAACAAUGAACCCUUACCCCCACCCUGUCCCAGACUACAUGGAGUCCCUCAUUGUGGUGACUGAGUACGAGCCCAAGGGAGGUGAGGAGGUGGAGGACAUGGACAGCUCCGAGACCCCUGAGCUUGGUGCACCCCUCUUCAGAACCCCCUCCUGCGACCAGCUGUCCCAUGCUGUGGGCCGCCCCGUGGCCCUGUUCCCCAAGCCCCAGGAGCACCGGGGAAGACUAAACCUGUCGGACAGGAAGCUGUCCCUGCAGGAGCGCUCCCAGACGGCCUCGUCUCCCUGUGGCUCCCCAGGGCUCAACGGCCACUUCAUCUACCCCUCGCUGCCCUACUCGCCCAUCACCUCGCCCCACUCCUCCCCCCGGCUGCCCCGUAGACCCACCGUGGAGUCUCACCGCGUCUCCAUCACUGACCUGCAGGACUGCGUGCAGCUCAACCAGUACAAGCUCAAAGAUGAAAUCGGAAAGGGCUCAUAUGGUGUUGUCAAGUUGGCCUACAAUGAAGACGACAACACCUACUAUGCAAUGAAAGUGCUGUCCAAGAAGAGGCUGAUGAGGCAGGCAGGUUUCCCACGGAGACCGCCCCCCCGUGGCGCCAAAGCAGCCCCUGAAGGCCCCCCUCAGCCCAAAGGACCCCUGGAACGGGUCUACCAGGAGAUUGCCAUCCUGAAAAAGCUAGACCAUCCCAAUGUAGUGAAACUGGUAGAGGUUCUGGAUGACCCUGGUGAGGACCAUCUGUACAUGGUGUUUGAGCUGGUCAAACAGGGGGCUGUGAUGGAAGAGAUGCCCACAGACAAGCCGCUGAAUGAAGACCAGGCACGGUUCUACUUCCAAGACCUGCUCAGGGGGAUUGAGUUCUUGCAUUACCAGAGGAUCAUUCACCGGGACAUCAAGCCCUCUAACCUCCUAGUUGGGGAGGACGGUCAUAUUAAGAUCGCUGACUUUGGGGUCAGUAACCAGUUUGAGGGGGCAGACGCCCUUCUGACCAGCACGGUGGGCACGCCCGCCUUCCUCGCCCCAGAGACCCUCUCCGAGACCAGGAAGAACUUCUCUGGCAAGGCAUUGGAUAUUUGGGCCAUGGGAGUGACGCUCUAUUGUUUCGUCUUUGGAGUGUGUCCCUUUAUGGAUGAACGCAUCCUUAGUCUUCAUCAGAAGAUCAAGACCCAGCCAGUGGAGCUGCCAGAGCAUGCAGACAUAUCUGACGAUCUGAAAGAUCUGCUACUGAAGAUGCUGGACAAGAAUCCAGAGAGCAGGAUAUCAAUACCACAGAUUAAGGUGCACCCAUGGGUGACGAGGCACGGAGCGGAACCCCUCCCUCUGGAGGAUGAUAACUGCUCCAUGCUGAUUGAGGUGACCGAGGAGGAGGUGGAGAACUCUGUCAAACACAUCCCCAGUCUGGCCACUGUGAUCCUGGUGAGGACCAUGCUGAGGAAGCGCUCCUUUGGGAACCCCUUUGACUGGGGCCGUCAGAGGACUGAGGACAGAGGCACCAGUCUGUCUGUACCGGGACACAUGCUCACCAAAGGGAGAGCGGCCAAUGUGAGAUACUGCUACAUUCAUAGUAACCAAAGAAGGAAACAAGAGAGCAUGGAGGGCAUGAGAAGUAUGGACCUGCCGUUCGUGGGAGAAGAUGAGGCUCUUUCCUGAUGCCGUGUGGUUUUUAAGCGCGAGGGUUGGGGCAUGCUAGUGACUCGACUUGCAGUCCGCCCUCAAGCCCACCCUUCACUCACUGCUAUGUUAUGUUGUGGCAGCCACCAAUGUUUUUGAUUUUUAGGUGGACGGGACUGUUGGAAGAACUCCAUGACUUGUAUAGAGAUGUGACUGGAGCCUGGACACCCUUCUGGGGGAAGCUCCCUUAUUGUCACUCACUAACCCCCUGUCUAUAAUGCAUGCUCAUGUUUCUAGUCAUAGCAUGCUCUGUCUCAGGCCUCUGAUGUACAGGUCUGUUUGCCUAGGUACCUGUGUUUCACCACCCUCUCCACCAUUUGAAAAGACUCACGUUUAAUGCAGAGGUAUGUGUGUGGGAGGGUGGGAGGGGUGUUUAUGGAUGGUUGUACAUUUCAAAGGGUGACUCCUGGCCCCCACAUUUCAGCAGAGCAGAGUACUUAGCUAUGUUUGUCUGUACCACUCAUCAAUGUGGACAGUUUAGGAACAUUCAUGUUUUCAGUGGAAACCUGUAUAGGAGAGGUUUAUUGAGAUGAAAAAGGUUUACUACAUUCAUAGUAUGCAUGUGUGUCUGUUGAUUUCUCAAUGCAAACUUUGUAGAAGCGACACAAGUUGCACAUUAAUAGAAUUAGUUGUUGCUGAACAAUCUAUUUGUUUGAUUUAUUAAGUCCUCACAAAUGAUUCAUUGUAAAAUGUCUCCCAGUUACGACAACUGGUGAAGAGCUUUUAAAAACGUAAUAUAACUAAAUGUUUCUAAUAUAUGUGUUUAGCAAAGGGGAUGAUACAGUGUUGAAGCUGAAAUCAAAAUCACGUUUGUUUCUUUUUACAUGGUAAUAGAUUUACAGAUCUCAUUUUCAGAACACCAAAAAGAAAAUGGUUAUCAUAUUUUGUAAAGUAAUAUCAUUCAUAGAGAAACAAACACCUUUUAAACAAGUGCAUUGCAAUGUCAUUGUGAAAUUGUAUCAAUUACUGGCUCUUACAAAUUAAUUUUAAUACCAGGCGUAUAGCCUAGUGCGGCUGCAGACCUCUUGUACAAUCUAUGCAUGACAUAUCCCUUAUGGAAAUGUUGGAAUUAGUUUGACAUGGAUAAAGUUGUCAUCAGAUAUGGUAAGAUACAAAUGAGAUUGCCAGUAGAGUGCAAUCUUUUUAAAUUCUCUGCUUUUUCUCCAUUUUUAGAUGAGCCCAAAGUGGUGGAAUAAUCUCCCCAGUUCUCUAGUGGCAUGUGUUUUUAACAUCUUGCCCUUUUUGCAUAUAGUUAGACAUGUUGGUGUACAGAUCACUUCAGUCACUGAACAGGUUUAUGAUUACAUAAGAUAUUAUUGAAACAACAUUAAUUCAACAAUGAAUGCUUCCACGUAGUGAUAAUUUCAGCACCAAAGUGUCAUUUUCUUGCAUGUCACUGCUGUAUGUGAAAACACGGUAUGUUGUGUUUUUUAAGACUUACUAUGCACUCCGUCAGCCUGUCAUGUAUGCUGUGUUCGAUGGAAUCUGAGUGAGGAGGUCUCUCUAUAGCUGACCACUUACAGUGUCUUCAGAAAGUAUUCAUACCUCUUCACUUGUUCCACAUUUUGUUGUGUUACAGCUGGAAUUAAAAAUGAAUUAAAUUGUUUUUUUCUCUCACCCAUUUACACACAAAAUGUACGCAAAUGUAUUGAAAAUUAAGUACAGAAAUAGCUCAUUUACAUAAGUAUUCACACCCUUCAGUCAAUGCAUGUUAGAAUCAACUUUGGCAGUGAUUACAAAUGAGUCUUUCUAGGAAAGCAUCUAAGAGCUUUGCACACCUGGAUUGUAGUAUUGGCCCAUUAUUCUUUACAAAAAUGUUCAAGCUCUGUCAUAUUGGUUGUUGAUCAUUGCUAGACAACCAUUUUCAUGUUUUACCAUAGAUUUUCAAGCAGGUUUAAGCCACAACUGUAAAAAUUCACUGUCUUGAUAAACAGUUCCAGGAUUGAUUCUCCAGGCCUUAUGUUUUAAGUUAUUGUCCUGCUGAAAGGUGAAUUCAUCUCCCAGUGUCUGGUGGAAAGCAGACUGAACCAGGUUUUCCUCUAGGAUUUUGCCUGUGCUUAGCUCCAUUUCAUUUCUUUUGUUUAUGCUGAAAAACUCCAGUCCUUAACAAUUACAAGCAUACCCAUAACAUAAUGCAGCCACCACUAUGUUUGAAAAUAUGGAGAGUGGUACUCAGAAAUGUAUUGUAUUUGCCCAUAACAUAACACUUUGUAUUCUUGGCAAAAAUGUAAUUGCUUUGCCAAUUUUUUUGCAGUAUAACUUUAGUGCCUUGUUGCAAACAGGAUGCAUGUUUUAGAUUGUGUUUUUUUAUUCUGUACAGGCUUCCUUCUUUUCACUCUGUCAAUUAGGUUAGUAUUGUGGAGUAACUACUAUGUUGUUGAUCCAUCCUCCGUUUUCUCCGAUCACAGCCAUUAAACUCUGUUUUAAAGUCACCAUUGGCCUCAUGGUGAAAUCCCUGAGCGGUUUCCUUCCUAUCCUGCAACUGAGUUAGGAAGGACACCUGUAUCAUUGUAGUGACUGGGUGUAUUGAUACACCAAAGUGUAAUUAAUAACUUCACCAUGCUCAAAGGGUCAGUGACCAUAAAUCGCAAUUUAAUCCAUUUUAAAUUCAGGCUGUAACACAACAAAAUAUGGAAGAAGUAAAUGCUUUCUGUGAAUAUUUUCUGAAGGAACUGUAGUAUAAAAGUACCUGUUUGUGAGAUAGCGAUCUAACCAUCUUGUCAAAUGUUCAGGGGGGGCCCUUUUGAAAAUAAUGUAACAUUUAAAUUAUGAAUAAGAUACUGAUGAAAAUGACAAUCAGUCCAAAUAAAAAUCUAAAUAUUCUAAUUCUGGAUGAACACAGUCAUGAUUCACAAUCAGGGGAGCAACUUUGGUUUUAGAUGUGGGGGUUACAUAUCUUUAUUAUUCUUUUUUAAAUCUAUGGAUAAACACUCCAAACGGCCUACCCAACUGCUCGGAGGUAUCCACAUGGUCCUAAAGCACAGCACACUGCACCGCUGCCUCGUUUUGUAUCACAUGCCAAUGAUAAAACUGUGGGAGGACAAAAAUGCAAAUUCAAAAUGUGGGGGCCGACUUGUCCCAGUGAAGGUUGCGCCCCUGCUCACAAUUAAAAGUGUUCUCUUUUCUCUUUGUGUCAAAAUGUAUAGUACAAAAUAUGGUCUGAUAUAACCCACCAUCAUGGGUUUAAGUUAAAAUAUGGUUUGUCUUCAACAUUUUCAACAGUUUAUCACCCCUCCACAUGAAAGUGCUCCCUUCUCCUAAGAACAACAUAUCGAAGAAGAGGUUGGGUUUGACUACAGGGUUAAAUUAAAUUCUACCCCCAGAAUGCUGUAUGAUAUUUGUAUUUAUACAUAUAUUUAAUCUUUGCUUUUUGUUUCAUCACAAUCUGUGCCCUAUUUUAUAAGAAAGGGCUAGGAUUACAUUUACUGUCCAUAUCACACAAUGUCAUCCAUUGUAAUGAGACGUUGGGGCCUCUACCCAAAUGCAUGCCAACAUACUGUAAACAUACCAUUGAAUUGUUAUAGCAUGACAGAGAUUCCCACAAAACGGGAGCUCAUAAUGAAUUAUUCUAUUCAUCUUGCAUCCAGUUCUUUAUUUGAAUAAAUUGCCGUUGCCUUUCUGCAAUGUG